CCCGCCAGACCCCGAGGAGGCGCAGGGUCCCGCCAGCUGAGAGUGGAGUAGCCCCGCGCGGCGAGGCCGCCACUUUUCUGGGGACACUGGUUUCGGUCACUGGCUGCCACUGUACUCCUACCCGGGGGAGCUCGCGGAGAGUUGGAUGAAUUCUGGGUUGUUAACUGCGGUCAACUGGGCUCCCGGGAGCCCGUUCCUGGUGGAAGUCAGGGGCCAUCUGGCCAAGGGACCAGCGGCUCGCUGAGACUCAACAUGACACUCCUGGGGUCUGAGCACUCUUUGCUGAUUAGGAGCAAGUUCAGAUCAGUUUUACAGUUACGGCUUCAACAGAGAAGGACCCAAGAACAACUGGCUAACCAAGGCAUCAUACCACCCCUGAAAAGCCCACCUGAAUUCCAUGAGCAAAGAAAACGUUUGGACAGUGGCAAGGCUGAAGACACCCUGAAGCACAAGGUCAGAAACAGGUCCGACCGUGCAGACGUGGUGAAAAUGCACAUACUCCAAGCCUCCACUGCAGAGAGAUCCGUUCCAACUACUCAGAUGAAGCUGAAAAGAGCCCGACUUGCUGAUGACCUCAAUGAAAAAAUCGCUCUCCGGCCGGGACCCCUGGAGCUGGUGGAGAAGAACAUAUUCCCUGUGGAUUCCGCUGUGAAAGAGGCCCUAAAAGGUAACCAGGUGAGUUUCUCCAAAUCAGCGGAUGCAUUUGCCUUUGAGGAGGACAGCAGCGAUGGGCUUUCUCCGGAUCAGACUCGAGGUGAAGACCUCCAGGGCUCAGCAGGAUCCCCCCCAGACGUGAAAGCUACAGAGACCCCUUUGGCGGGUCCUCGGGGGAAAAUCCAGGAUCUUAUUUCUGGCUCAGAAAAUGAAAGGAAUGACUCGCCCCCCCAGCCCGGCAACCAGUCAGACCCGGGGAAGCAGGGGCUCGGCCCCCUGGGCAACCCCGUCCCUGUACACGCUGCUGUCAAGUCCAAGUCCUUGAGUGACAGUAAGAACCGCCACAAAAAGCCCAAGGACCCCAAGCCAAAGGUGAAGAAGCUCAAAUAUCACCAGUACAUCCCCCCGGACCAGAAGGCAGAGAAGUCCCCUCCGCCCAUGGAUUCCGCCUACGCCCGGCUGCUCCAGCAGCAACAGCUGUUCUUACAGCUGCAGAUCCUCAGCCAACAGCAACAGCACCGCUUCAGCUACCCCGGGCUCCACCAAGCUCAGCUCAAGGAACCAAAUGAGCAGGUGGUCAGAAAUCCAAACCCUUCUUCAGCACCACUGAGCAAUACCCCUUUGUCUCCUGCCAAAAACAGUUUUUCUGGACAAACUGGUGUCUCUUCUCUCAAGCCAGGCCCUCUCCCAUCCAACCUAGAUGAUCUGAAGGUCUCUGAGUUAAGACAACAGCUUCGAAUACGAGGUUUGCCGGUGUCCGGCACCAAGACGGCCCUCAUGGACCGGCUUCGGCCCUUCCAGGACUGUUCUGGGAACCCUGUGCCCAACUUCGGUGACAUAACGACCGUCACUUUUCCUGUGACGCCCAGCAACGCGCUGCCCAAUUACCAGUCCUCCCCGCCCACCGGCGCCUCGUCCAACGGCUUCUACCACUUCGGCAGCACCAGCUCCAGCCCCCCAAUCUCGCCCGCCUCUUCCGACCUGUCGGUGGCGGGGUCCCUGCCGGACACCUUCCACGAUGCCUCCCCGUCCUUUGGCCUGCAUCCGUCCCCCGUCCACGUGUGCCCCGAGGAGAGCCUCGUGGGCAGUCUCAACGGGGGUUGCUGCAUCCCUCCCGAGCUGGACGGGCUGGACUCCGAGAAGGACAAGAUGCUGGUGGAGAAGCAGAAGGUGAUCAACGAGCUCACCUGGAAACUCCAGCAAGAGCAGAGGCACGUGGAGGAGCUGAGGCUGCAGCUGCAGAAGCAGAAGAGGGGCAGCUGUCCCGAGAAGAAGCUGCCGCCCCUCCCGGCCGCCCCCGUCAAGCAGGAAGACGCCGCCCCCAGCUGUCCUUUCGCAUCCCCGCAGGUAGCCAUGAGAAGAGCGAGCGCCUGCUCGGAGGGCCAGCCGCCGGCUCGUGAAGAUGCUCAGCUCCCGCCCCUCGGGGGCACUGCCUGUGCGGAGCUCUCAGGUCAGACCAGCGUACUUCCUUCCACAUUCCUCAGCCCGCAGUGCUCCCCGCAGCAUUCGCCCCUCGGGGCCGUGAAAAGCCCGCAGCACAUCAGCUUGCCCCCCUCGCCAAACAACCAUUACUUCCUACCCGCAUCUUCGGGCGCCCAAGGAGACGAGCACAGGGUCUCCUCACCUGUCGGCAGCCAGGUGCGUACUGCACAGAACUCAGGGGCACGUGAGGGCCGUCCUUCAAGCUUCUCUCCCCAGCCUUCCAGCCUUCAUCCCUCUUUCUCUGGAGCCCAGGCAGACAGCAGUCAUGGUGCCGGGGGCAACUCUUGUCCCAAAAGCCCAGGUGUACAGCAAAAGAUGGCUGGUUUACACUCUUCUGAUAAGUCAGGGCCAAAGUUUUCAAUUCCAUCCCCAACUUUUUCUAAGUCAACUUCAGCAGUUUCAGAGAUAAGCCAGCCUCCAUCCUAUGAAGAUGCAGUAAAGCAGCAAAUGACCCAGAGUCAGCAGAUGGACGAACUCCUGGAUGUCCUCAUUGAAAGUGGAGAAAUGCCAGCUGACGCCAGAGAGGAUCAUUCAUGUCUUCAGAAAGUCCCAAAGAUACCCGGGUCUUCCCGAAGCCCCACUGCUGCCCUCCCCAAGCCCCCGGCUUCCUUUGAACCAGCUUCUGCAGGAGGCCAGCUCUCCUUCGAUCACUACGGCGCCGACAGCAACGAGCACCUUGAAGUCUUACUAAACUCCCAGAGCCCCUUGGGGAAGGUGGGCGACGUCGCCCUUCUGAAACUCGGGAGCGAGGAGCCCCCCUUCGAUGGGAUGAUGGAUGGAUUCUCCGGGAAGGCUGCGGAAGACCUCUUCGACGCGCACGAGAUCCUGCCGGGCCCCCUCUCCCCCAUGCAGACUCAGUAUUCACCCUCGUCCGUGGACAGCGGUGGGCCGCCCUUAAGCUUCACGGAAUCCCCGUGGGAGAGCAUGGAGUGGCUGGACAUCACGCCGCCCAGCUCCGCCCCGAGCUUCGGCUCCCUCCCCACCGGCGGCCCCAGCAUCUUCAACAUCGAUUUCCUGGAUGUCACGGAUCUCAAUUUGAAUUCCCCCAUGGACCUCCACUUACAGCAGUGGUAGAUGCCUGACGCAGCGUGCUAAGGAAGACCAGUAGGAACCCCGUGGGGGAAAGCACACAACCGUAAACACUGACGUUAUC